AAGGAAGUAUAUAAUAAUCAUUAUAAAUUUUUCAGUUAAAACAAGUCUGACUAUUGAUAAUAAGAAAAAAAUAGUGAAUGAAUACCUAUGCUGAUGACAUCCAUAAACAUCUUAGAUGUAAGGAGAGAAAGAGAUAUAUGUUCAGAGGAUUAUCUGUUCAGCUGGAGCAUAGAACAAAGUUGAUAAGAUACUUAGAACAAAUAUGCGAAGAAAAAAAAUACUGCGUGGCUGUGCAGCAUCUUGCAGCAUAUUUGUUGGAUAUAUUUAUGGAUAACCACCGUAUAUUAUCAGGACAUUUAGAAAUAGCUCUUAUCGUUUGCAUAAUACUUGCAGCUAAACUUGAGGAACAAGAUCAAAUGCCUCCAAAGUACAGCGAAUUCCAAACUUUCCUUCCUUCAAAAUAUGAAUUGUCUGAGUUUUUACAAGUGGAAAUUGCUAUUUUGUCUUUCUAUGAGUGGAAUAUUAUGUUCCCUACAGCACCUCAUUUUACUGAAUAUUACCUCUUAUUUGUUUUUCUGCCAAAUGAUUUACUUAAAGACGAGCCAAUAAACAGAUACCAAGGUGCAGAAACGUGUGUGAAGAAGUAUAUUGAGUAUUUUUUGGAUGUAGUUGUUCAAAAGACUGAGUAUUUGCAGUUCUAUCCUUCAUUAGUGGCUGCAGCUUGCAUAGCUUCUACAAGGCGUUGUUUGUUAAUAAGACCUGUUUGGCCUGAGACACUGCAGAGUGUCACACUUUAUAAAUACCAGCAAAUUGAGCCUUGUGUUGAACUUCUGCUCCAAGCUCUUGAUGAAGAUUUGGUAAAAAACGAAAAAGAAACUCUUGACAGAUUUUUGGGCUCUGGCAAAAGAAAACUCAGUCAAUCAGAAGAUUCAGCCUCUAAAAUUAUUAAAAGCUGAAUAGUAUAAUUUUCUCUCCUUGUUAUAAAUUUUGCUACCAUCUGUGAUAAACCUGUGAUUAUAAAGGUUAAAUAGUUAACAAAAUAGUUUUUAUAUUUCUUGUGAUCUCAUAUUUUUGAUACUGUCUUGUAAAUUGUAUUACUGUGCCAAACUUAUAGGCUAGGGGUGCACAACCUUUUUAAGUGAAGGGCCACACAUAUAUUUAGUCAUGUUGGUGGCAAAUGUCAUAAUUUUUACAUAAAUGCUUGUAAUAUAAUUCAGGAUUCUAAAUACCACAUAAAAAUGCAUGACGCUAACUGCAGAAAAAAUGACAGGAAAAUAACUUAUCUUUACCAUGAAAUAUGCACAAAUAAAUAGUAUAAAAAAGUGAUUGUUUAAAUGUGUUAUUAGAGACUCUCGUGUUGUAAUAACAUUGUAGUAAUGUAACGGGAUCGUCAAAAUCACAUGGGGAAGCAGCGCAAUAAUUGAAAAAAAAUGCUUAACUUUGGGAUGAAAUCAGCACAAAUAAAAUGCAUUAGCAUGUAAUAAUUGAAUUGCCUGAUUCAUAAUUUGCAUGUUGUAAUAAAACUAGCAGCUUUUAAAACCGCAUUGUAAUGCAUCUCAAAAUUGUUGAAAAAAUUAUUGAAAAUAUCUUGGAUUUGCAAUGAAAUUCGCAAAGUCCGUCAAAAAGUUAUUAUUUAAAUGUGCAAUUUAAAACUCUCGUGUCAUAAUAAUAUCACAGUAAAAAUACAGGAUUUUUAAAAUCACAUGGCAAAGCAUAACAAUAAGUACCCUUAAAAAAAGAGAUUAUAGAUAUAAAAAAAAGAUGAUAAAUUAGACACAUAGAUUUACAAUGAAAUGGACAUAAAUAAAGCACAUCAAAAAGUAAUCAAUUCAAGGCAAUUUAUAACUCACAAGUCGUAAUAUACAUGGAAGUUGGUAGUUAUAAAAAGCAAGAAAAAAAAACUAAAUGUUCUGCGUCAAAAUGUCUCUUGGAUUUAUGAU